AGGAAAAAGUUCUGCUGUUGGAAAAUACAAAAGAAGAAGAUAGGGAUUAAGUAGGGUGUAGUAAGUGGAUGUAUAUUUAAUAAAAAUGCGCCCACUAAAACAAUGGAAUGAGGUCCAAAAAGUCCACGUUGGCUAAAUGCAUGGCAUGUGAUGAUCUACAUGGCACGUGGGGAUGAUACCAACUCACCAAACUCAUGGCAUAAGAUUGUUGUAAGUGUUCUUUUCAAGUUAUUAACAUCAGAAUCUAUUUAUCUGAUCCCGGAUCCAUAAGUAGUGGAUACUUCUGUUUUGUCUUUUUUAUUGACUUGCAUUUACUCUACUACGAAAAUCAAUAUCGUAAGACUUUGAACAGUAGAGUUCAGAAAAUAACGAAUAAACACUAUAUGGGACUACGCUCUCAUGACACAUCUCAUGGGCCUGUCAGUGUGUGUAAGCAUAAUCGUAUCUAUCAUUUACUUUGGACUUGGGAGAAGCAAAUUGCAAGAAGUUGUAGAGAUCUUGAGCAACAAGAGAACUUAGUGUUCCUCUUAGCAGGCCGUGCCUGUUGGGAUAAAAACCUGGGAGAUCAAGAGAAGUUAGGCCAUGUACAUCAGUGAACCCCAUGGGAGGGGUUCACAAAGCAUUUUUUUAUUAUUUUUUUUUUCUAUUUGAAUUUUGUUUUUUAAAAAAAAAAAAAAAAAUUAAUCAGAUCAAUCGCGGGCCGCCACGUGUCGUGGAACCCGCGCUACAGUGUUGACCCGGGUUCACUGCAGUGAACUUGCAAGAGACAGGUUCACCUCUUUUACUUAUUUUAAUAUUUUUUUUUUUCGAAAACCAUGUGAACUCCCCCAUUGAACUCUCAAUGGGGAUGCCCUUACCAGCUUUCAUGUUAAGGCUUAAUGAAAGAAACAACCUUGUCUCUCCAUCGAGGAAUCACAGCCAAAAACAAUAGGGAAAGGUCCAGCUAAUGUAGGUGCAACAUCAGCAAUAGCCAAUGGUUUUAGUAGUGCACAUUGGGUACCAUGGUCUGCUAGUGUUGCUGCAUGUCCUCCUCCAGUGAUUACUCCAGUGAUUACUAUAUCAUCAUUACCUGUUUUGGUUUAACAUUAUGUCAAUAAAUUGCUAUUCUCUUUUGUUAAUUGUAAAGCAAUACUUCCUUAUAUUCACCCAAGUACAUAGAUAAUACUACUACUCUACAUGCAUAAAUUUUUAUGUCAAACAAAUAGAAACCUGGAACUAUAUCCAUGGAGAGUUGUGUGCAGCUUUUCACUCUUGUAGCUGUAACCAUAAUAUUGCCAGCAUAAGUAGAAUGGAAGCCGGUUCGCACUAACGUGCCUGGCUCAUCGGGCUCUCCGGUGAGUUUAUGAACCGGGUAGUUAUUGUUUAUAUGGAUAAGGGCUCUUAAGUACUUGUAGCUAGUUGGGAAAGAGUAGUAAUGGUGGAGAGACAUCAUCAGAAAAAACAGUGGGAAACAAUAACUACUAUCCACGAACCAUGAAUGUCAAAAAAAUUACUAUAUACCCAUGACCACUGCUUAGCCAAAACUGGUUAGGUCUGCUGCAAAUCAUUGAUGCAAACCGACACUAAACCAACAUAUAUAAGUUUAUUCCAGACAUAUAUGAACGAGUUAAUCUACUUGUUUUUCAGACUCUUCGUUAAAAUAGUAGCAUGUAAAGAUAUUCAUGAAAAAAUAAGAUAUAUAGACUGCACGAACCCAAAUAAUUGUUAUAUACAAAAAGAUCAAAACUGUUUUUUUUUUUCCUUUUUGGUUUGUCUUACGAUGAAACUACAGACUCAGCUUUUCACAUUGUGUUCUUAAUUAAACCUAACCAAUACCCUAGUGGAAGCGAAAUCGACACAAGGGACAUUGAUGACUGAUCUUCUUCCACUUGGAUAUGCAUUGUCCAUGAAAACGAUGGUCACAAAUCAAUGUAGACACCACUUUUCCUUGUUUGAAUUCCUCCAUGCAAAUCACACAUUCAUUAUCAUUCUCCUCCUCCAACGUCGGAUCGGAGAAAUACUCCUCAAUCGUCAUACCGUAGAUUCUACAAACUUUGGUUAUGAUCUUCCAAAUCUUGACUUCAAUCACUCCUCUGUCUCCCCCAUGACGAUGAUGAUGUAAUAGCUGCGUCGAUCUCACACAAGAUAGUGGUACUACCGUAUUUGGUGACGCCGAAGCGGCGCAAGAUUUGCAAAAUAAUCUUAGCGCAGUCUAGCGAGUAGUUAAUAGUGGGUUCGCUUGAGCUGGACGUAACGGUUGUUUCGUUAGGACCACGAGAAAUUUCAACAGCGACAUCGUCGUUGGAUUGUUUUAAGCGAAUAAAACCGGACUGAUGUACGGUGUUUUUUUCGGGAAGUAACGGUGAUGACGUUAUUACACCGUUGCGGUAGCGGACUUUUCUGCGGCGGACUUCGGUGCAUGUUAGCUCGACAGUAAGCGGAGUGGUACUUGACUGUCGGCGAGGAGAGAUGGUAUACUCAAAAUCAGUGUACUCCGUCAUGGCUGAACUCUUUGUUUAAUGGAGAGAGGUUAUAAUAUGAGCCUAGUUGGAGAGAAACAUAUAUAAGAAGAAGAAGAGAGCUCAAUGUAAUAGUUUUAUAUUGAAGAAUGUUAUUUCCUACUCAUACUCGAAUGGUAAUUAAGUAAAUAAGAAAGGGAAAAGUCGUGCAUGCAUAAGUAUUAACUUUUCUUUAAUUCUAAUUAUGGAUGUACUCAUAAACAGUGGGGGAGUUUUAAAAAAACUUCCGUGGGAUCAGCAUUAACAUGGUUACGUAAAAAAGUUAAAAAAUUUUAGUACGAAUAUUUAUAAAUUCUUUUUUAUAAAUUUGGAGGUAGUUAUCUAUAUAAUUUUUUUUUAAAAAAUUGGGGAAUUUAGACCUGUGCCGGAAUUUAAGGACCAGAAGCUAAAAAAAUAUAUAGCGCAUGAUAGUAAUUUAUGCUGGUAUGGAGAUUUGAAGUCACUACCACUAGACUAAGAGCAUAAUUAUUGGAGGGUUCUUGCUUCCUAAUUUUUUUAGUUAAAAGUUAAGAAACAAAAUCUUAUAUUCCGACCUCACCCUAAGAACCCCCAAUAAUCGUGCUCUAAGUAACACUAUCACUACCAUUGCACUAUAGACAAACUAUGGUAAAUUUGUGGCUGGUAAAAAACAUAUAUUUAUUUUGAGCCGUAAGCUCUACCUUCUAAUGCUUGGUAUUAAGGCCGCUACUGAUUUAGACCAAUCUUUUAGGUAUUAUGCCCAAGACUGGCCAUGCGGCUCGCUUCUUUACAUGUAUAUUCUUCCUCCAUUAUAGCUUGUCAUAAAACAUAAAAGUUUAGAAAAACCAAGCGCUCGUAGCUUGGUGGUAAAGGAGGUACAGCUGUACUGCCCGCCACCCGGGUUCGAGUCUUGGCCACAACGGAUUUAACAUCCCUUCCGUUGGUGCACUGGACCCCUUUCGGGGGGAUAGUUGGGAAUGUGGCUACCCAAAUACCAGAGUUAUCAAAAAAUAAAAGUUUAGAAAUUUUGGGUUGAGUUUUCCGUAAAGUGAUGGACACUACAAUUGCAUACGUAUAUAUAAUAUAUACAUAUAUAUACCUACACAUAUAUGAAAGUUUAGAAUUCCAAUGGAUAUAUAUAAUAUAUACAUAUAUAUACCUACACAUAUAUGAAAGUUUAGAAUUCCAAUGGAUAGAACCCCAUUGGAGAUGCUCUGAAAUCCAACUUACUUAUCACAUGUUUCCAAAAAAAAACAUGCAGACACAUCUCAAAAGUAUUGUUUGAAAAAGAAAAAGCUCUUUUUUUUUUUGUUUCUUCACCCUGUUUUUCUUCCCAAGACCACCAAUAACACGUCAAAAUGCGCCAUCGUGACCGUCACUCCUCCACAUCUAGCCGCAAUAAGAGCCGCUUCAUUAAGACAUUAGCAAUAUCAGCUCCAGCGAAACCGGGAGUGAGAGCCACAAGCCUCUGAGAAUAAUAAGACGGCUCGUCAUCAAGCUUAAUCUUCUUCAAAUAAAUCCGGAAUAUCUGAUCCCACCCUUUGAUAGGGCUGGGCAAAUAAACCGAACCCAAAAAUCCGAACCGAAUCCGAUCCGAUAAAAAUAAAUCCAAACCGAUCUGAACCCGACAUAAAUAACGAAUGGAUCCUGUUUUCUGGUAUAUUGGGUUAUGGGUAUUAUCCGAACUGAACCCGAACCUAAAUAGAUAUCCGAUAGAACCCGAAACAUUAUAAUCACAAAAAGAACCAAAUAUGAUCUUAAUUCUUAAUAUGUAUCCAAAAUACUUUAAGAUAUUAUUGAACUUCUAAAAUAAUUAUCUAUUACAUGAAGGUUGAUGGUGGAAUGUGGUGGUUGAAGCCUAAAUUCUUUUUAUUUUGGUUUUGUUUUCAUUAAAUAAUGUUUUUUAUUUUAUGAGAACUUAGUUUUUGUUUUAUGAUUUCAUUUAUCUGGUUUUCUUUCUAUCACUAACUAUGUUUAUCUUUCGCUUGAUUUUGAAUGAUCAUGUUUGAUGUUUUUUCUUAUUUUUAAAUCGAUUUUACUUAUGUUUUGGCUAUUAAAAUAUGUACAAAUCAUGUAUUUUAAAUAUGAAGAACCGAUUUCAUUUAUGUUUUAGUUACAAAAUAGGUACAAAUCAUGUAUUUUUAAACUGAAGAACCGAUUGGGACCCGAAUCCGAAAGUACAAUGGAUUAUACCGGUUCUUUGAAGAUUUACUAACCUCAACCCGAACCCGAUAUAACCCGAACCGGUCCCGAACCAAACUUUUAUAUAACCCGAAUGGGGUUAAUUUUGAUAAACCCGAAAAAUCGAAACCCGAAUGGAUAAAACCAAAACCCGAUUGGGACCCGAAUGUCCAUGACCCUUUGAUAUCCGGUUUAUCAAUGGUUAUCUGCCGAUCAAACCGGCCAGGCCUAAAAAUAUAUAUAUAUAUAUAUAUAUUUUAAUGUUUUGAAAUUAUAUUUCUUCAAAUUCGAUUUUUUUAUAUAUUUUCUUUUUUGAAUUUUUUUUUCAAAUUGUCUUUUUGAAACUGUUUUUUUUUUAACUUUUUAUAAUUCUUUUACAUAUUUAUUUAUAUAUUUAUUAAAACCCUAAACUCCACGUUCCAAAAAUUAUACUUCACUACUCAAUUCUAAAUCCUAAAUCUAUAUUAGUUAGCCCUAGGGUUAUAAAUUGUUAUUUUCCUCUAUAAAAAUGAGGGUUAAAAUGGUUAAGGUAAACAUAAAAAGUGGUAUUAUGAACGUGAUAUUUUUGAUAAUUUCUCAUAUUUCUGUAUGUAUAAUAUUUAAACCAUCAUGAGGAAUUUUCAUGUUUGCCCUUUUGUUGGUACCAUUAUUUAUGUUUAUCACCAUUAAAAUGAUAUUUUUAAAAAUACAUUUUUCUUUAAGAGGCAAAAGACUAUUAUACAUUUGUUCUAUAUCUAUAUAAUAAAUAACUAUUUGAAUAAAUAAAAAGAAUAAAAAAUAAAAAAUAAUUUUUUUUAUGUUUUCGAAUUAUACUUUUCAAAUUCGAACUUUCUUAUAAAAAAAUUCAACUUUUUUUUUCAAUAUUUCUUUUUGAAAAUUGAAUUUUUUUUUUGAAACUAUUUUUAAAUUUUUCUUAAUAUAUUUAUUAAAAUCUUAAAUUUUCCAUUCCAAAAAUCCUACUUAACCCUUAACUCUAAACUUAAGACUAGAUUAAUUAAUCAUAAGGUUAUAAAUAUUUUUUCCUCUUUAAAUAUGAAGAUAAAAAUGGUUAAUGUAAACAUUAAAAAUAGUAUUAUGAAUUGGUAUUUUUGACAAUUUCUCAACCAUCUAUACAAUUCAAUAUUUCUAAUCAUUCUAAACACACCAAAUAAAUUAAUUUAGAAUCAAAACUGAAUAUCUUUAUUCAUAUAUCCAAACCUUCAAACAAUGUUCUUUUUUUUUUGAUCGAACCUUCAAACAAUGUUCAAUAUUUAUUAUACCUAUAAAAUAUAGUAAGUAAAACGUACCCAGGCAAUUAAAAUAUUUGAUAUUACGAAAUCAACAAAUAUGUUUCCAAAUAAUUUUUUCCUCCUUCAAUUCGGGAACAGUUUAUAGUAAAUGAGUGAUAUUGUAACUAUUUACAUCCAAACUAUAGCCCUCAUUUUCGCUAUCAAUUAUAUUUAAGAAAAUAAUAUAUUAUCUAUAUUUUGUUUCCUAAUAUAUUCAUCAUCAUUUGACUUGCGGAAUACGUAACAAUAUUUUAAAUAUUUUCUCAAUAAUUGCUACUCAAGCAAUUUUCUAUAUUUACGCUAACAACAAGAUUUUGUGGAAAUAACUUAUAGAAUUGCACUUUUACGUAAUGUUUACCAAGCCCAUAAAUAAUUUAUUAUUAAUAAAAAUUUAUUUUCAUAGUCACAUUUUUUUAAUUAUAAAAAUUAAUCGGCCGUUUUUAUAUGUUAAAGAUAUUAUAGAAGUUGAAAAAUCAUUAUAUUUUUUAUAAACAUCAUGUAUACCUAAUUUCGAAUUUCUCUAUGGAAUAUUAAGUCACAAUUAUAUAUUCAUUUCUUCAUAUUUUAAUUUCUUAAAUAUUGCUUUAUAUAUAUCAUAUACAAAUCUCUAAUUAGGUAUAUAUUUUGAAUUUGUUUAUAUGAUAUCGAAUUCGAAUAUUCGUCAUAUAAUAGAUGGUUUAACACGCAAAAAAAAAUCAUGACUUAGUGAAUGUAAUACAACUAAAUAUUAUGAAUGCAUCGUUUAGACAAUUAAAAAUCCAAAAAUAGAAAAUACAUUCCGUACGGUCACACGGAUCCAUAUCUAGUGAUUAUUUUAUAAAAGGAGCUAUAAAAAAAAUUGUUUCCCACAACUUCUAAAUUCCCUUUCUAAUCUAGAUUGUUUUUUGAAGUCAUACUUUAAAUAGUUCUAACCCCACAAGCAGUCAAAAUUUUAACAGCCAAUUUAUAAUCUUUAUUAGUCUAGAGUUUUUUUGGGCCAAAAUGCAUCAUGUAAUUGGAAUUAAAUCCUCUCAUUAAAAAUCUAUUACAUUAAUACUUACCCCACAAAAUCAGCUUUGAGAAGUUACAACUACAAUAAAACUGAGAUCUUGUUGCCUUUUUUUUUUGGGUCAAGGUCUUAUUAAAAUCUUAAACGGGUCAAUUUCGACAUACCAUAUUCGAAUUAAGACAAAACUCAAUACAGACUUUUGCUGAAAUCUUGUUGUUGAUUAACGUUUAUAAUUCUAUAGCAUUUUUGAAAUUAAUGUUUUAAAAGUAAAGUAAUAGUUUUUUAUAAAUGCUGUCCAUAUCUGAAUCAUAACCUAGCCCAAAAAAAGUAACGUAGUAAAUUUUAUAAAGUCCGCUUUGUUCGAUUUCAUCAUCAUCAUCAUCUUAAAUAUGCAAGACCGAAAAUUUUCAGUCUCUCCUUUUGAAACAAUGUCCAACUCCAAAGCCGACGACGAGCCACCCAAAAAAUACACUCGUCCGCAGCCGUCGCUUUCUUCACUGCCUGACGAUAUCGUUUUGAGAUGCUUGGUCCGCGUCCCAAGAAGCUAUCACCUAAACAUCUCAUGGGUCUCAAAAGACCUAAGAUCCCUUGUUCGCUCCCCUGAGUUCAACGUCUUGCGAUCCACCCUCCCCAAGAGCUCCCUCCAUGUAUGUCUCGAAGAAGAUGAUGACGACGACAACUCAUCUUUCCACUGGUUUACUCUCAACGAAACAUCAACAACGGAGUAUGGGUUAGUUCCGAACCCAACUCUCUUCCCUCCUCAUCCUAAGUACGGUUCUUCAACCGUUUCAGUGGGGUCAAAGAUCUUCUUCAUUGGUGGAUCUAUAGAACCUUCCACUGAUCUGUGGAUCCUUGAUACCCGAACUGGGAGCAUCACUCGAGGACCAAGCAUGAGCGUGCCUCGAAGACAGCGCUACGCAGCUGUGGAAGUGAUCGACGGGAAGAUAUACGUACUCGGAGGCGAACCAUACAUCGACGGAAGGUUGUUUCAUCAAGUCGAAGUUUUUGAUCCAAAAUCGAAAACUUGGGAGGUUACGGAGGAGGAGGACGUGCGUAAGAUUUCAAACUGUAGUGCCACGGUGGAGGAGAAGGUGUACAUGGUGGAUUACGAGAAGACAAGUGUGUACGAUCCUAGAGAAGGUGAAGGAGGAGAACGGUUGGUUCAGAUGGUAAGCCAGAGACUCUCGGAAGGUGGAAGCAAGGAUAAGUUAAAUGAUAUGGCGCAUAGCGUGUGUGUGGUGGAGGAUGUUCUGUUUGCUUUCUUUAACAAGACUGGUUUGAUGUGGUUCGAUACAAAGCUUGAUGUGUGGAGAAGAUUGGUUGGUCGUGAUGGGAAGGAACUAAUGUUUAUCUUAGAUGCGGGUGCCAUGGCGGAAUACGAGGGAAGACUUGUGGUUUUGUAUAUGGGGGAUGAAGAUAUAUUUGAUGUCCCCGUUACUCAGAGUGUUCGGUGUAUGUUUGUCUCACUGGACAGAGCUGGAGGAAAGAUUUGUGGGACAAUCGAUUGGUCUGGUACUGUGGCUACCGUCCCAUUUAUGUUUCGUUUUCUUCAUUGUUUAGCUGUUUCCGGUUGACUGAUCACAUAUAGUAUAUGUGUUCUUGAAGCAAUAUUUGUUUUGUUAAACUCAUGAGUGUUUCUGAAGAAAAUGCAAGGUGGUUUCUUUUUUCUGCUCCUCGUAUUGUUUGCAUCGUUAUUCAAGUUGAUAUUAAUCUACCUGAGUUUUACAUCAUCCAUGAUUACACACAUGGAGGAACAUAAUGAUAUUUGUCUAACUUAUUUGGUGAUGUCGAACCGGCGCAAGACUUGCAAAAUAAUCUUAGCGCAGUUUAGAAGUAUUUAAUAGUGGGUUCGCUUGAGCUGGACGUAACGGUGGUUUCGUUAGGACCACGAGAAAUUUCAACAGCAGCGACGUCUUCGUUGGAUUGUUUUAAGCGAUUAAAACCGGACUGAUUGGCGGUGCUUUUGUCGGGAAGAGACGGUGAUGAGGUUAUUACACCGUUGCGGUAGCGGACUUCGGUGCAUGUUAGCUCGACAGUAAGAGGAGUGGUACUUUUUUUUUUGCUAAAUAAAAAAGUGUUUUCACCUCUUUGCCGGGAACCCAAACAUUGUAAAAUAGUCUCUUCCACCGUUAGUUGAACUCAAGUGGCGGAAGUUACAGUCGCAGCCCCUUUACCACUAAGCCAACUCAACGUUGGUGAGGAGUGGUACUUGACUGCCGGGCACCGGCGAGGAGAGACAGUAUACUCAAAAUCAGUGUACUCCGUCAUGGCUGAACUCUUUGUUUAAUGGAGAGAGGUUAUUAUAUGAGACUAGGAGCACAUAAGAAGAAGAGAGCUCAAUGUAAUGGUUUUAUAUCGAAGAAUUUUAUUUCCUAGUUAUACUCGAAGUAGAAUGGUAAUUUAGUAAUAUAGAAAUUAAGGGAAAAGAUUCAUGCAUACAUAAGUAUUAACUUUUCUUUA